GCGUACAGCUGCGGGCACAUCUUCGGCUCCGGCGUGCGUGGUCUCCUGCGCCAGGGUUGAUCAACGGGCAUUCGCGGCGGUGACGAUGGCGGCGGCGUCAGAGAUGGACGUUCGCGGCUGCGGGCACGGUCUACGCGAAGAAGAGAUCGACGCAGUAGCGAUGGCGGUGACUGUCGUCCUCGUGAACACGAUGAGCAACAUGUCGUCGUCCUCAUGCGACAUAGUGAUGCAGCUCCCCAAACGACGAGCGCUGCUGCAGAGCGUUGCCGAAGCACCGGAUUGCGUGGCCACGUGUGAGGCAGUCGUCCAGCCGUAUGGAGGAAUCAAUCAAGGUCCUGACGAGGAGCGCUUCGACACAUGGCAGAAGGUGGUGCGGGGAUGUGUGGAGAGGGCAUUCGAGCGGCUGAAGUGCAUGUGGCAUCUGUUCUUGAGCACCCACAAGACGAACCUGGAGACCUUGCCACGACAAUUCAGGGCCGUCUGCACUCUCCACAAUAUCCUCCUCGACGCGGGGAUCGACUUCGACGAGAACCUUUUUUGGGAGGUGGAUGCGAACGGCGUUCGGCGUAGAGUGGACUUGGGCAUCGUGGGGAACGGCGCGGGCAGGUGGCGACGGAGCACGAACGUCGAUGGGGACUUGUUGCGGGAUGCACUUCGAGACCGCCUAGCUUUGAUGUAGGACCGUGUGGACGGGAGGGAGGGGCGGGGGGRGGGGGGGGGGGGGGGGUGGGGGUGCGGGAAGGGGGAAGGGGAGGACGUGGGUUGGUGUGAUCGGUAGGCGGGUGGAAUUGUCACGUGGUCCCUGUCCAUGGUCGUAGUGCGCGAAGUUGCAUCCACGAUUGAAUGGCGGCAUGGUUGUCGUCGAUGAGUUCUUUUUUUUGUUUUCAUCGUUUUGACGGUUGAGUGGUUCCAACAGUGGUGCGAACGUUUAAUAUUGGAAGA